AUGACCUUCCUGACUCUGACGCCUUGGUCGCGCCGUAAUGCGUAUGACGAGGAUGGAAGGGUCUGGUAUGAGGAGUGUAUCUCGGCCAGAUUUAUUCGGCCUAUUGAAGUGAAGAAGGUAUCAGCUGGGCCGCCUCGACCAAGUGCCCCGGCCGUGGCCGCCCCCAGGGUGACGGCCCCUCCCCUGGCUAGAUCAGCGGCCGUGGCCUCCACCGCGGCCCCAGCUCCCAGGGCGACGCCUGUGGUGGGGGCACGAAAGACGCUGGCACACAGGACCGUGCCGUCCUCUCUGCCAGCUCGACCGACCACUGCUGCGGCCUCGGGUCGCAAGAGGAGCCAAGAGGCGUCGGGUACUGAGGCCGCACCGGCCCAGAGUGCCGCGGCCGAAAUGGCGGCCUCGCAGCGGCCGAGGAAGAGGAACCUUUUUACCUCCUCGAAGGGCAGAGGUGAGGAGGAGGCUCCUCCUGUGAUCAUGAGUGAGGCCCCCCCUGCGAUCGACGUGGCAAGAGUCAAGGAGGAGGCUACGGUCGAGGUGCCGUUUGUAAAGGAAGCGGCCGCUGCCCACAUGGUGGUCGAGGAGGUGGGAGCCGCAGAGGCGACGGUUGAGGAGGCGGCCACUGCCGAAGAAGUGGCUGAGGCGCUGGAUGCUGAGAUUGCGCCCGCAGACGUGCCGCCUGCCGAGGAGACUGCAGAAGGGGCUACCGAAGAGAUUGCCGAGGAAGUCGCCGAGGGAGCUGCCGAAGAGGUCGCCGAUGAGGGCGGCGAGGAGGCCAAUGAAGAGGCCGCUGAGGAAGCAACCGACGAGGCCGCCGAAGAGCCUGCUGUGGACAUGCCAAGUGGGCCUUUGCCGUCCACCCAUCGUCGCCCAAGCGGCAUCUCUUUUCGCUCGCCUCCCCAAUCGUCACCGCCGCUGGCCAUGGUUGCCGCGACCAUGCCUCCUAUACCGUCGUUCCAGGACUCAACGGUCGUGGCCGAGCCAGUGAUGACUAGAGCCACGGUCGUGAGUGUGCCGAGUCUCCUGCGGACUAUUUCUGUGGAGGCCACCUCCUCCAAUGAUCUUGAGGAGCUAUACGCCAGCCUCCAUGAGGAAGGGGGAAACUCGGCCUCGGCUCCCUUGGACGAGGAUUCCAAGACCGUUAUUGAACGGCUCCGGGAGUUCCUUCUCCUUGAUGUUCGGCAAAUGACCGCCGUUGGGUCGAUUACGGAGUUUAGGUCCUGCUUGGAUACGGCCAUGGCGCUCGGUCUGCUCGACUUGGCUCAACUGGAUGAACUGCAAGCCCGUCUGGCCGAAGGUGAGGAGAUGAUCGGCCGGUAUGCUGAGGCUGUCACGCGGAUGGCCGAGGGGAGCUCGCUCGAGCAGGAUCUGGAGGUGAUUAAAGAACAAGUUCAACCUGCAAUGGCCCGAAUGAAAGAAAAUGACCUCGUCGUCCAACGAGAGAAUGAAGAGCUUGCGCAGGUUGAGGCCCAGAUUACCGAGCUCCAGGUUCGCUGA